AUGAUGUCCAAGUCAAUUGUUGACUCCUUCAAGGUGGGAAUGGACAGCACCAACACCGAAGCGAUAAUAUCCUGUCUCGCUCCAGAUGUUCUCGUCGUAGAGCAUGGGUCCAAAGCGCCAGAACUACCAUUCCUCGGCAUCGAAUUCCAUGGGUACUCGGGUAUGGAGAAGUAUCUCGAGGCCCUAUCUCAAUCGCUGAAGAUACACAAAUUUGAAUACACUGAGUUGUCAGCGAGCAAUGCUGGCGAUGCCGACGUUGUGUAUGUGAAGGGCGCCGGCGAGUUCGAAUACAAGGAGACGGGUAAGAAGUGGGAGGAAACGUUCGUCAGUCGAUUCGAGAUUGUGAAGGGGAAGAUAGUCAGAUACGAAACAUGGGCGGACCCGCUCUCUGCGUACCUUGCCGCGCAGAAAUGA